UUAACGCGGUUUCCUUUCAGCUUCUCAGCUCGCGCUUUCAGUCAUGUAAUUUUUAUUUCACGGCGUUGCUGUUUGGCUUGUUUUCACCUUUGCAGAAGCAGUCAAAAUAGUUUAAGGUGAUUUCCUGACCCCUUUCUGCAGGUGAGAAGUUUGGUCAAGUGUUGCUGACCACCCUCAGGAACAUUUACAAGAUGGACACUGACAGGACUUUUGAUGCUUCUUUUUCUUCUGACUGUGGCUCUAGUUGCUCUUGUUGUUCUUGUUCUGGGUGUGACACUGACUCAGACACCUCCUGUAAUGAUGGCUCCUGUAUUGUAGGUCCUAGCAGUGGAGGUAGAGCUAAGGGUACAGAUGGAGAAAUCACACCACUAUGUGCAGUAGCUGCUGUUAGUAAAGACAGGGAGGAUCAACAAUAUAUGCAUUCCACUAACAGCAAGUUUGAAAAAGGCACUGAUGCUGCUGCUGAUAUGUUGAGAGUAAUUGAAGAAGCUCACAGGAAGUUUGCAGAACGUUUCAGUGCAAAAACUGUAAAAGAUUCCCAUCUAGUGGUAUCAACUACCUUUGUAUUUCCAAGAGUUGUGGAUUUGAAUGAAGUACCUCAGUCAGAAAUAAGUGGAGAAUGUGUCAAGGAAAAAUCAGACACCUUUAUUAUUGCAAAUGAUGAUAGUUUAGUGCAAGGUGAAGGUAACUGCUCAUCAGAACCUCUUGAUCGUAGUUCUGAUAGUUUUAAGGAAAACCUAAAGCCAUCUCUGCCAUUAGACACAUCUAGUGAAAGUAAUAGUAAUGUCUUUAUGGGAGCUGACCAAAGUCUGCUGGAGGUCUCAUGUCAGAAUGUUGGCAGCACCCCGUGUGAUGUGGAAACCCCUGGGAAGACCUUUGAUUUGAUGGACAUGGAGUCUGGAUAUCCUUUCUCCUGUGCUGAAGUUACUGAGGGGGAAAAAAGCCUUCAACUAGCAACCAGUGAGGAGAUUAAUAUUUGUAUAGAGUCAGAUGGUUACAGUGUAAAAUGUAAGGAUUUGGACAUUGUUAAGAAGAAAGAGCCCCAGUCAGCUACUACAGAGAUAAAUGGCCAUGGUUCUACAGUGACUGACAUGCAGAAUUCUGUUGUGAAAAUGAUAGGGAAGAAAAAUAUAGUUAACAAACAAAGUAGACCAUCUGUGACUGCUGGUCAGCAGAGUGAUUCAUGUAAAGUUCUGAAGGUUGAUAAAUCACAGUAUUAUAUGAAAAGAACUUCAACUGAUGACUCUAAAUGUGGCAGUGGCUCUGCUGAAACUCCUACCUUUUCUCCAGAACAUAACAAAGACAAUGAUAUUCUUUUAUUUAAUGAAGAAAGUGACUUUAUGAAACUUAGUAAUGAAGAAGAAAAAUCUAAAGUGGAUUCUAGUGUGGUCUCUGCCCAGGGGGGUAACAUCAGAGGGGAGUCGCCCUGCACUGCUGAUGAAGCCCCUGACCCUGAUAUAGAAGUAGAUAGUGAAAAUUGUACAAACACGGACAAAAAAUCAGAUGCAUCAUUUAAAUUAACUCUCACCCUCCCUAGGAAAUCUGAAAGUAAUGAAAGUUUGCCAAAAGGGGAAAAGAAUAAAAAGGUAAAUAAUAAAGAAAAGAUAGAAAAUGACAAGAAAGUAAAUAGUGUGGAAAAUAAAGGUAUAGGGCCCACUGGUGAUUGUUGUGAUGGUGACACACCCACUGGUGAUGGUUGUCAUGUUGACAUGGAUACUGGUGAUAGUUGUGAUGGUGACAGAAGUUAUCACUGCCCCAAGUCAGGGUGUGAUACUGUAUUCUCAAAAAGACAAUAUUUGAGACAACACAUGAUUAAGCAACACAAAGUGGGCCAGAAUACAAUAGAAUCCAUUAUGAAAGAUUGGUUAAGUCAUCAGGAUGCUUUCACCUGUAGAAAUUGUUCCAGCAACUUUUUAAAUUUCGAGGCCUUGGAAGACCACCACAAAGAUUGUAUUCGUCUGACAUGCAAAGUAUGCAGAAAGACACUUAUAUCCCAAGCUGAACUAGAUGAUCACAUGUUGGAGCAUGGGGAAGAUCAGAUAGCAUGCCAGGAGUGUGGAAAGGCAUUUGCUAGUAAACAUACCUGGUAUAUACAUCAGAGAAGACAUCUGGAGGUCAAGUCUCAUAAGUGUCGUUACUGUGACAUGACCUUUGCAAGGUCAGCUGAGCGAACCGUGCACGAAAACAGAAUUCACAUUGGGAUGAAGAAAUAUUUGUGCUCUGAAUGUGGAAAACGUUUCUGCACCAGGAAAGAACUGGUGGUUCAUGGCUACAUACACACGGGAGAACGGCCACAUAAGUGUUCUUACUGUCAGAUGGGGUACGCCACUGCUUCAGCUAAAACCAUUCACGAGAGAACACACACAGGGGAGAGACCUUUCAAAUGUAAGAUAUGUCCCAGUAAUUACAUGUCUUCAUCUGAUCUGAGCAAACAUAUGAAAAGAGCCCAUGAUCCUUCAAAACCUGCUAAAAAGCCCAGGAAGAGAAAGAGAACAAAUCAGGAAUCUAUUGAUAAAGAAAUAAAACCUGCUAAAAGGUCAAAGAAGAAAAAAAGAGAGGAUGAAAAUUCAGUAGAUAAAGAAACAGAACACGGUGAUAUGGGGAACAAAAAGAUGAGACAAAGAUCUAAACCAUCUAAAGACAAAACUAAAAAGAAGAAAAAAGAGCGAAAAAGGGAAAAGAAGGAUCUUGUCGAUGAUGUUGUAUCAAGUGUUAUCAGAGUAGCUAAGAGAGGCAAGAUUAAGCCAUCUUUACAGGUUAAGUUACCCACCUUGAAGAAAAAGAAGAGCAAGAAAACUGACACAGUAGCUGGUGUCACAGAGACCUGUGUAGAAGCAGGUGUGACAGAUGUGUUAGAGAAGCUCAGUCACAUCUAACACAUCCAGUGCUUCACCGUGCAUCAGUAGAUAUGAGCUGUUGGUGCUUCAUUUGAACUUUCUUGCUGGAAGGAUGUUAGUUUGAAAGUUUACAUGUACUUUUUAUUUCAUAAAAGUUGUUCCAGAACAUCAACACAUGUUAAGACUUUCAAGUUAUGCAUUAUUCAUAUCCUUUUAGUUUUUGAUUUUCCCUUCAAGAAGGAAGUUCUGAAAUGGGCUAAGCAGAGAUUAGAGAUGUGAGGAAACAGUUCAAGGAAGGCAUUUUGAAGUUUUAGUUGAAAUAAACAUUUUUAAAAUGAUGUCAGUUGUCAACUUGUAAUGGGCCUUUAUGGGUAGUAUGGCAUCUUAUUUCUUAAACAAUGUAUCCCAGCUUGCUUCAAGAUUACUACAAGUGCAAGUAGACGUAGUGUUCUUUGGUACUUCAGUCUGGGCAAAAAACUUAACAGUUGUGUGCAUGAAAGUGCAUCUUA